AAAAUAGUAGUGUCAGGCCUAAAAUUCACAGAAUUGUUGACAUUUCAUGCUAAAUAACAUUUUUGGCAAUUCUUUACUUUGAAUUUGCAGAAUAUUUUACAAAUAUUCAUUUUUAAAUCGCUGACAUUAUUUAACUGACACGAUUUGUUUCGUUAUCAUUAGGUCAUUUUGUAAAUUUGUGGCAAAGAGGGACGCAUAAAUUGUAAAAACACGUGCUAUCUAAAUUAAAUAAUGGGUUUUGGUGAUCGUGGUGGUGGCGGCGGUGGGUUUCGAGGCCGUGGAGGUGGCGGAGGUCGUGGUGGUGGUGGAGGGUUCAGAGGGCGAGGUGGUGGAGACCGAGGAGGAUUUAGAGGAGGUCGAGGUGGCGGGGGAGGAGGUUUUAACCGAGGCUAUGAUCAGGGACCACCAGAAUCUGUUGUAGAAUUAGGCACUAUGAAACAUACAUGUGAAGAUGACCUUGUUUGUAAAUGUACAAAUGAAAAAGUACCAUACUUCAAUGCACCUAUAUUCCUGGAAAACAAACAACAAAUUGGAAAAGUUGAUGAAAUAUUUGGACCAGUUAAAGAUUUUUAUUUUUCUAUAAAAUUAUCAGACAACAUGAAAGCAGGCUCUUUUUCUAAAGACCAAAAGUUUUUUAUUGACCCAUACAAGUUAUUACCACUGCAAAGAUUUCUCGAACAACCCAAGAGAGGUGGACGUGGUGGAGGCAGAGGUGGUGGUGGUAACGGUGGAUUCCGUGGUGGGCGAGGUGGUGGAGGCGGUAGGGGUGGGGGAUUUGGUGGGGGCAGGGGUGGAGGUAGAGGAGGCGGAAGAGGAGGAGGAGGGGGAUUUGGUGGGGGCAGGGGUGGAGGUAGAGGUGGUGGGUUCAAGAGAUUUUGAUUUGCUUACUUGUAUAACCCUAUACAAUAUAGGGGUAGGGGAAUAUUUUCUGGAUAUAUGUUGCCGACCUGUAUGGGUGUAGAUACAAUUUUUAUGUAUACUACAACUCGAGAACAUUUUAAUGGGGCAACUUGAGCAUUAUGUACGGUACCUUAAAAUCAGCAGCAAGAUUCCUUCCUGUCAGAAUGAUACCUCUCUGUUUUAAUAUGACAAAAUUAUAUAUCUUUGUUUUAACUACCAAGAAAAUGAUAUUUUAACUUGAUUUUAUAGCAAGUUAUUGUCAUUACUUUUUCUUAUCCAUUAUGCAUAAAUUUUGUGUACUAUUGUACACACUUAUUGCUGGCUAGAAAAGCCAAGUCUUUUUAGAAUUAUUCAUACCAAAUCUUGUAUAGAUGCCUUUCACAGGCCAGGGGACUCAUUUCCAAUAUAUCAUAUGCUUAAGAUAAGAUAAAAAAAGUCUCUCAUAAUUCUACAAUUAUGUAUUUCUUCAUAUGUAUAAAAGAAUUUGAUAUUGUCAUGCUUUGUCAAUAAUAUAGAAUAUUAACCCCCAAAAUGGUUGCCACUUUUGGCAAGGGAGGUAAAUAUUGUAAAAAUCGUCUAUAUCUAUAGCAAAUUGUCAGAUACUUUACCUGUAAAUGUGGAACAAAUUGAUCUGUAAUUCAGUCACAUGACUAGGAGUCUUACCAUUAUGGAAACCUCAUAAUAUCUGUGCUAUUGUUGUUAUAACCCAAUGGAGGUAACAGGUUAAAUCAUCAGUAAUAAAGGCAGGCUUUGAGCUGUAAAUAUUUUAUUUUAUUUUUAGAUAAUGAAAACUAAAUGUAAUUAGCUUAUUUUUCUGUUGAUGUACAUUGUAUAAGGUAGCACACAUUUGCAGGCAAAUUUAACAGAGAAAUGCUCAAUUCAUUUAGUUAAUCAUUACAUAUAAAAAUAGGCAUUUUCAAAUCAUUUACUUCAGAAUAUUGGUUACAAUAUUCGUAAUUCACCAUCCUUGUUAUUUUAUGUGUUUGUUAAGUGAGAGAAAAACAGCUGAUAUUGUUAAAAUAAUCUCAUUCCUGCAUUAAUUCUAUUAUUGUUAUCAUUUGUGUUUGACAUACUAACUUUCUUACAUGGUGCAAUGAGAGAUCCUCCCAUUUGUAACAGAAUAACUAAUAAUGUGUGAUAUUGCAACCACAAUACAUGCUGUUAGUGUCUUUUAAAAGAGCUGAGUAGACAAUGAAUCAUAUUGGGGUGAUUUUUGUAGUGUUAUGCAGUAUAUAAUCUUUUUGUGUUGCCUGUGUCACAGACUGCUGAAGUUCUAGUUAGAAAGCGGGCUUAUACCUGAUAAUAUGAGAUGAUUGAAUAAUUGUCAAAAUGUUUUUAUGUAAAGACACCCCACACAUAUGUUACUUAAAUGUAUGAACUAUAGUGAAAUAUGAAACUGUUACUGAUUUUGUGAAUUUUUUAUGAUAACCAUUUUAAUGUGUGCUGUACUGAAUUUGAACUUAAUGCAGCAUGAGAAUUUUGUUGAAGACUUUUUGUUAAUGUGAAUUUGUACAUAGAUGUCAAUUUUAUCAUACAUAUUUGCCUUGAAAAUAAAACUGAAGGCGUUUAA